AUGAUUUAUGGCCAACUCUUUGGAGAGAAUAUACUGACAGCAUUGACCACUGAAAGAUGGAAAAUUCAUCAUCGUGCUUGCUAUGCUGCAUUUUCUGAUGACAAUUUGCGCUAUGUUUGUGAUAUGGCUGUCAACUCUACAGAUACUCUCUUCAACACGAGAUGGAGAAAGGCAUCUUUGGUGGACCCCAUUCGAAAGAGUGUGUUCAUUAAUCCUAGUGCUGACUUUUCAAACCUGACUUUGAACGUAUUGGGAGAGGCUGCUUUUGGAUUGUCUUUUGGUUCUUUUGAUGAAGAGAACGAGGAGGGAAGAGAAUUUUCAAAAGCCUUAGAAAAGUUGACUUUGGAUGGUCUCAUUUUGAGAAGAUACGUCUUACAGAACAUUCCCUUCUUGUAUCCACUGUUGGCCAUGAUCACUAGCGUUCAGGCAGCUCAGGAAAAGACAAGAAACGUUCUCCAGAGAAAUAUCGAUCAAAGAAAGAGGGAGCUCGAACAAAGUGGAGAUGAGAGCUUCGAGAGACGUGAUGUACUAAGCUUGCUAGUGAAGGCCAAUAUGCAAGAUAAGAUUCUCACGGAUGAGAUGCUGAUUAGUAAUGCUUUCGUGUUGUCCAUUGCUAUCAUACAAGUAGUGCAACUUGUCAAUGGGCUCUUUUUGAGUUUGAUUAUGGAAACGUUGCGACUCCACCCUCCCAUUACAUCUGUGGUCAAGCAAGUGUGUAAGAAAGAGACCACCCUUGGAAAAAUAGCAAUUCCAAAAGGAACAGAAAUUGAUGUAUUCAUUGGAGGAGUACAUACAGACCCUCGAUAUUGGGAAAAUCCUUAUACAUUCAAUCCAGAGAGAUCUGUGAAAGAAGAGGACAAAUCAAGAGCAAAGCAUGACUUUUCAUGGAUUCCAUUCUCUGGUGGACAUCGAAAAUGCAUUGGAUAUAGGUUUGCUGAGAUGGAAAUUUGCAUGAUCCUUAGUCGCAUGUUGCAACAGUAUGAAUUCGACAUUGAGGAUGCACAUUUGGUUGGUGAGGUCGUUGGUAUAACAGUUACUCCAAGCAAUCUCAAGAUUAAAGCAGCUCCACAUAUUGUUAGAGAGGUUUAG